AUGCGGGAAUUCACGCUAGAAGAGAUUGAAGCGCACAAGAGCAAGACCGACUUGUGGGUUGCUAUUCAUGGAAAAGUCUAUGACGUGACGAAAUACACGAAAGACCACCCAGGUGGUGUUGACGUUCUGGUCGAUGUUGCUGGACAAGAUGCCACGGAGGCAUACGAGGAUGUGGGCCAUUCGGAAGACGCCAACGAGAUCUUGGAGACUUAUCUAAUUGGCACGCUGAAAGGCGCCGCGGCCUACAAGGCGCCCACAGCCGUACGGGUCAUACAAGAGUCCCCCGUACAACAGCCACCGAAGGGUAGCUCUGGCGCUGCUCGCACCCUGAGCCUCGCCGCUGGCUCAAUCCUCUCGUUAUACUUUGCUUCCUCUUUUAUCAGGCAACACCUAAGCUACCAGGACGUCAGCAAGAAUCUUCUUCAAAUGGUCCAGCUGCCAUCGAUCAAGCUCGCUGACUCCGUCGGACAUGGGGGGUUUGUCAAUGGAGUUGCCGCUGCUACCUGCGUUUGCGGAAUGCUGGGUAGUGUAUUGGUAUCCAGGCUUUCAAAGCUCACGGAGAUUGAAUCGGGGUUCACAAAAUUUCCCCCUCACAUCAAAAGGAAAACAGUCUACAAGACCAACCCGCACCUCGUUCCUGGUUUCCUCCAGCCAAAGGAUUACAAGACCCUGCCCUUAGUGGCAAAGGACCUUUUGGCUCCCAAUGUCUACCGCUUCGUCUUCCAGCUCCCGCGCAAGAGCGAUGCCAUAGGCCUUCCCGUUGGUCAGCAUGUUGCCAUCAGAGCAACGAUAGAUGGCCAGUCUGUGUCCCGAUCCUACACGCCCACGUCCAACAAUCUCGAUCUGGGCAGAUUGGAGCUUGUGAUUAAGUGCUACCCAGACGGCCUGCUCACGGGAAAGUACCUUGCCCACCUCAAGAUCGGUGAUAAGGUCGAAUUUCGAGGCCCCAAGGGUGCUAUGCGCUAUAAAAAGGGCCUGUGCAAUAAAGUUGGGAUGAUUGCUGGUGGCACUGGUAUCACGCCGAUGUACCAGCUUAUUCGCGCGAUCUGUGAGGAUGACUCUGACACUACCGAGAUUUAUCUGAUCUAUGCCAACCGCUCCGAAGAAGACAUUCUGUUGCGGGAGGAACUUGAAGCAUUCGCAGUGGCCUAUCCCAAGUCCUUCAAAAUCUGGUACAUGUUGGACAACCCCCCCUCAAAUUGGCAGUAUGGUAAGGGGUAUGUUACACCUCCCGUUAUGCGCGAACAUCUUCCUCCACCGUCUCCAGAGACGAAAAUCAUGCUCUGUGGCCCCCCCGGCAUGGUCAACGCCUCUAAGAAGAGUUUGGCCGGUCUAGGGUUCCAGACCCCUGGGCAAGUCUCCAAAAUGACCGACCAAAUUUUUUGUUUCUGA